GAAGAGGGUAUGGGCCGGGCGUGAGCAGGGGCGCGCCGAACCCGGAGGCUGGCUUGGUCCGCGGCGGCAGGGGUCGGCUCCGCGCGGCGGUUGGCGGCGGGCGGCGGCGGCGGGUGGCGCCAGCUGGAGGCCGAGGGAUCUGGCGUAGGUCACAGUCUCCUCCACUUGAUCCAUGUGAGAAGGCCUCCACAACAGCUGCAUCUGCUCAACUAGCUGUCACCUCACACCUGUCCUGCACCAGGCCUCCUGGUGGGUACACAGAAUAAGCUGUCGGACAGAGCCGUGAGCUCCCAGCCAUGCAGCUGGGUCCGGUAGCCCCUGUAGGGUCCAUGUGUGCUUUGGCCCCGUGGUACUGACCGAGUGACCCAGGCUGACACCAUGUCGAAGCUGCUGGUGGCCAAGGUGCUGUGCAUGGUAGGCGUGUUCCUCUUCAUGCUGCUGGGCUCCCUGCUGCCCGUCAAAGUCAUGGAGACUGACUUCGAGAAGGCACACCGCUCCAGGAAGAUCCUGUCUCUCUGCAACAGCUUCGGCGGUGGUGUCUUCCUGGCUACCUGUUUCAAUGCGCUGCUGCCUGCCGUGAGGGACAAGCUGCAGCAGGUGCUGAGCCUCGGCCACAUCAGCACUGACUACCCCCUGGCUGAGACCCUCAUGCUGCUGGGCUUCUUCAUCACCGUGUUCCUGGAGCAGCUGGUCCUCACCUUCCGCCGGGAGAAGCCAUCCUUCAUCGACCUUGAGACCUUCAACGCGGGCUCCGACGCGGGCAGCGACUCAGAGUACGAGAGCCCAUUUGUGGGCAUGGGUGGCAUGCGUGGCCGUGGCCUGUACCCUGAGCCCACAGCGCAUGGCCAUGGUACAGGGCUGCGGUUGCGGGAGCUGGGGCGCCCGGGUCCCCUACGCCUGCUCAGCCUGGUCUUUGCGCUGUCUGCCCACUCUGUGUUUGAGGGCCUGGCGCUGGGCCUACAGGAGGAGGGCGACCGCAUAGUCAGCCUGUUUGUGGGUGUGGCAGUCCACGAAACGCUCGUAGCUGUGGCUCUGGGCAUCAGCAUGGCCCGCAGCGCUGUGCCUCUGAGGGAUGCAGUCAAGCUGGCAGUCACUGUGAGCGCCAUGAUCCCAGUGGGUAUUGGGCUGGGCCUGGGCAUUGAGAGUGCCCGCAGUGUGGCCAGCAGUGUGGCAUCAGUGCUGCUGCAGGGUCUGGCGGGUGGCACUUUCCUGUUUGUCACCUUCCUGGAGAUUCUAGCCAAGGAGCUGGAGGAGAGGAGUGAUCAGCUGCUCAAAGUCCUCUUCCUGGUGCUGGGCUAUGCCAUUCUGGCUGGCAUGGUCUUCCUCAAGUGGUGAGCGGGCCGCCUCCUCAGCACAG